GUGUAAGAUUUAUGGUCAGCAAUUUUUAUGGAUAUAAAAUUAUCGAUCGAAUAAGGGACUUCCAUAGAGAGGAGCAGAUUAAUAGAAAGUUAGCAUCCUUGCCUCAUAUUUAUGCGUAAUGUUGGUAUAUAAAUUUACCUUAACUAAUCUCAUAUAUGUUGCGUAUUCAAGAUAGGCUAGUGCUGCCCCUUCUUAUGUAGAAUAUUGUUUAGUCUAUGGUUGUAACUAGAAACAAUUUGUCAAAUGUCUUCCGUAAAAAUCUGGUAAAAAUUAAAACGCAAGUCGUGUAUCAAGAUCGAAUUUAUUCCUUUGUUUAUUUUAGGCUAAAGCUAAUGUAGUAUUACAUUAACUUUGCUUUACAUUUCAAAUUGAGAUUCGCUGCAAACAUAGAAUAAAAUUCAUAGUGAUAAUUUGAGUAGUCUGAAGAACAUUUUUGAAUAUUUAAGAAGAGGUUGCUUCACAAGUUUUACUUCACCAUUGUAUCUGCUACUACAUGCAUGUGUGGUCAGUACUCAGUACACUAAAAAUUCAAAUAAAUCAUGACCAUAUCAACAAGAACUCUCGUACAAAUUGCUGGAUGGGGAGGUGUUGUAGUUGGUACCACCGGAAUAUACUUACAAUACCGUUUAAUUGAUAACGUGCGAAGCUACGAUUACUAUAAGAAUGCAUUGAAAAAGUUACGGGCUCAUGCAGGCGCUGUUCAUUACUUAGGAGAACCCAUUAAAGAUAAAAGGUUCAAAUUAACUGACAAGGAAAAUAAUUUUUCAGAUGGCAAAGAUGCUAGAUUCCGUAUACCAGUAACUGGCCCUAAGGAUAAAGGUGUUUAUUAUUUUUGGGCAGUGAGAGAAAAUAACGAGUGGACAAUCACUAGAGCUGAGUUAGAAUUAAAGUCAAAACCAGAAGCUAGACUCAUUAUUGUAAUUAAUAAGCUGAGAAGUUGAUAUCAAAAAUGUUCAUUGGAAAUGCUAAAGAAAAGUUUAAUUUUCAUAACACCCUACUGUGUAUAGUUAAAGGUUUACAAAACAAAAAUAUCACAUUAGAUCUGCGAAACGAUGCCUACGUAUGUGGCACAAUUGAAACUGUUGAUGGCUUCAUGAACAUUUCAUUUUCAAAUGCUGUAUAUUGUGAUACUCAUGGUAAUGAGUUUUCAUUCGAGAACCUGUAUGUUCAAGCCAGAAAUAUAAGAUAUGUCCACAUUCCUGAAACUAUGCCAAUAAUUUCGACGAUAAAGAAUGAAGUGUGCAGACAAAGAGCACCAAGGCCAGCCAUUAAGGAAUUAGCUGCCAAUUCCAGGAAAAUGAAGAAAGCACUCAAACAACACAUGGAAAUUGUUGCAUCAUUGGAUACUGAAUAGUACUGCAAGUUUAACCUAUGUUUAUAAUUAGAGAAUUAAAUAAAAAAUAAUGUUGAAAGAAACUGUGUA